UUAUUGCUUCCACAAAUGAAAAUCAGUCACUUUCCAUGAUAGGCAUGUGAUUUCCAAGGUCAACUACAUACUUAAAUAAGGAGAACCCUAUUGCUUUUGAUCACUUCAAUCUAAACCCAAAACACUAAUCUCAAAUCUCCAUGGCACCACCAAAGCGACUCCGCAUCACUCCGCUCGACGAUCCACCCACCGCCUCCGAUGACGACCAACCACCUUCCUCCAAAAAGCCAGAAGAUGAAGUAGUCUAUGAAGAAGAAGAUUCCGAAGAAGAUGAAGAUGAAGGUUCUUCAUCCGAAGAAGAACAAGUUCAACCUCCUUCCGAAAAUCCUCCACCUUCUACCCCAAUCUCAAACCCUAAACCCGACUCCGGCUCCGAAUCGGAAUCUGGUGCCGAAUCCGAAUCUGAUUCUGAACAAGAACCUACUCCACCUAACGCCAAAGUCAAGCCUCUCGCAUCAAAGCCCAUGAAAGCCCAACCACAAGCCCAAGCCCAAUCUACUCCUGUACCGGCCAGAUCUGGAACAAAGCGUGCAAACGAAAACAGUUCCAAACCUGCUAAGAAGAAAACAACCGCCGCCGGCGCCGGCGGUGGUUCUGAAAACGAGGCGGAUGGAGACGGUGACGUGAAAAUGACAGGGGAAGACUCAAAGAAGAUGAAUCAGAGAGUCUUCACUGAAGGAGACGAGAUUGCCAUUCUGAAAGGUCUUGCUGACUUCAUUUCCAAAACCGGAAAGGAUCCGAUGAAGGAACUGGUCGAAUUUCAUAGUUUUGUGAAUAAAUCUAUUCACGGGGACGUGACUACCGAACAGCUGAAGCGGAAGGUCCGUGGUUUGAAGAUGAAGUUCAACGACGGUGGUGGUUUGAAGAUGAAGUUCAGUGGUGGUUUCACUAAAGAGCAUGAUAAGAAAGCUUUUGAACUUUCCAAAAAGGUUUGGGGCAAUACUGAAGGCAAUAAUAACGUAGGCAAUGAAGGUGAAGAAAAUGGAAAAGUGAAUGAGAAAACUCCGAAGAGUACUAAGAAGGAAGCUCCGGUGAGAAACAAUGGUUCUGCUAAGAAAGAAAAAGUUGUCAAUGGUGCUGGAAAUGAUGAGGGUGGUGUUGAUAGAAGCUUGGCUUUGAGUGAAAUGUCUAGAUUGGGUGAAGCUGCGGGGUUACCCUUGAAUGCUAUGGAAAGGGGAAUGGGAUUGUUGGAGGAGUCCAUGGUUGAUGAGUUUGACGAGGGAUGGAGAAAGGUUCAAAUUGCGGAGAUGGAACUGUUUGUGACCCGGUGGCAACUGUUUACGGAUCAGGCUAGGAUAACAUUGGACGCGUUGAAGAAGACGCGUUGAAGAAGUCUAUCAGUUAGGGUUGUCUUGAGGUUAAUUUUGUGGCUAAUCCGGUAAAGAUUCUGAACAAUUAAUUAGGGUUAUAUUAGGGUUAAUUUUGUUGCUAACAUGGUACAUGUUUUGGAUAUGUUCUCUUUUUUAUUUAUGCAGUGAUUUUGUGGUUA